AAGCAAACAUCUAUAGUGUGGACAGACAGCGAGAAACGUUGCCAAGCCCAUCCUCCUAUUAGCAACGCCUGCGAGUCUGCGCUGCAAGAAACAAAAGAGAAGUGAUAUUAAAGAAGCGUGGUGUGGUCUGGUGUGAUGUGAGCUCCUCCUGCGUUUGCCUUUGAAUUUGCAGUCCGCCACUGAGCAGGAAAGUGAAGUGAAGAAGGAAAAAGCGAAAAAAGACGCUUCGAUUGCAGUUUCUGUUUCCAAUUCUCAAACCCACUUCUGGCCAGUUAGAAGAUGAGCGGUGGCAGACCCAGGUCCCUCGGGGGUGGGGGUCAGCAUCAUGUCUUGGAUUAUUUAAAAAGAAUGCAAUCUGAGAAUCCUGCUUUCUUUUAUGCAACUCAACCCGACACUGAUCACUUGCCUGGAGGAGGAACCAUAUUCUGGGCUGAUGCCACUGCCAGGAUGAAUUACAAUUACUUUGGAGAUACUGUUUUUUUGGAUACUUCAUACAGGACACACCGUUACAGGGUGCCGUUUGCCUCUUUCACGGGAAUCAAUCACCAUGGCCAGCCUGUCUUGUUCGGCUGUGCUCUCAUUCUCAAUGACUCUGAGUCGUCUUUCAUUUGGCUUUUCCAAACUUGGCUUCGUGCUAUGUCUGGUAAACAGCCUAUCUCUAUCACAACCGAUCCAGAUCACUUCAUUCAGACUGCUGUAUCACGAAUUCUUCCCGAGACUCGCCAUCGGUAUUCUAAGCAGGGCAUACUAAGAGAAACCCAAGAAAAACUGGCUCAUAUUUAUCGCUCUCAUCCCAUGUUUGAAACUGAAUUUAAGAAGUGCAUUAAUGAGACUGAGACAAUUGAUGAGUUUGAAUCAUCUUGGCAAUCCCUUCUGCAAAGAUACUACGUCAUGGACAAUGAAUGGCUUCAGUCGAUGUACAAUGCUCGACAGCAAUGGGUCACGGUAUAUUUGCGAGACACUUUUUUUGGAGAGUUGUCAGUAACUGAUGGAAGUGGAGGUUUAAAUUCAUUCUUUGAUGGAUAUGUGAGUGCAUCAACCACCAUACAAAUGCUGAUCAAACAAUACGAAAAGGCUUUAGCAAGUUGGCAUGAAAAGGAACUAAAAGCAGACUAUGACACUACUAACACUACACCAGUUCUAAAGACACCUUCUCCUAUGGAAAAACAAGCCGCUGGCCUCUACACUAGAAGAAUAUUCAUGAAAUUCCAAGAUGAAUUAGUUGAGACCCUUGCUAAUCCUGCAACAAAAAUUGACGAUUCAGGAACCAUCACCACCUAUCGCGUGGCGAAGUUUGGGGAAGGGCACAAAGCACACACUGUUUGUUUCAAUUCUUUUGAGAUGAAAGCUACUUGCAGCUGCCAGAUGUUUGAAUAUUCUGGAAUCAUUUGUCGACACAUAUUAGCAGUUUUUAGAGCAAAAAAUGUCCUCACACUUCCAUCUCAAUAUGUAUUGAAACGAUGGACAACUAAUGUCAAGAGCAGAGCUGUAUUAGAUGAAGGAGCUUCCGAAUUGCCGAACGAUUCUCGCGAGUCUUUAACCGUUCGCUAUAACAACUUGCGCCAGGAAGCCAUCAAAUAUGUUGAAGAAGGGGCAAAAUCUAUUCACAUUUAUAAUGUGGCGAUGGAUGCUCUACAAGAAGCUGCUAAGAAAGUUUCUGAUGUGAAGAAUCGAGGCUCUGGAAGCACACAAGGUGGAACUCUGACAAAUGGAAGUAGUCAAGAGCUUCAUGUUGCUGAAGAUAAUACAUCGGCAACAUUUCAGUCUGUGGAUGAGAAGCAAAAGAAAAUCCGUGAAUUGACUGCUGAGUUGGAGGGUACCAACCAACGCUGUGAAGUGUACCGAGCAAACUUGCUAGCUGUUUUAAAAGAUAUGGAAGAACAGAAGUUAAAGCUUUCGGUGAAGGUGCAGAACGCAAGGCUGAGUUUGAAAGAAUGAAUAUAGCGCGCAAGGUUAAAUUUUAUGGGUCUGUUUUUCAACUACCAAGUUCCAGAUCUUUACACCGAAACCGCGACCACAGACCAUCAGGGAAUUGUGUUAGGUGGUAGUCAGUAGUAGGGUUUUCUCCGCCGUUACAUUUUGUAGUUUAGAAUUUACGAGCUCCUUAGGUUGUGCUAUGAUCUCGUUGACGAGGUGUAUUAUUUGAGUUCACUGUCAAAGACUUUCCUGCAUGAUCCUCAAAACACAUGCUGCAUACCUAAGAACUUUUAUGGAUACAGAGCGUUACUAAUCCAACGGAAAUAUAUUACAGAACUUUUGG